AUGCCUAAUAGUCGUCGCAAAUUAAAGAGACGCUUUAGCUCUGCAUCUGUGGCAGACGUUUACUCUAGGCUACCUCAGCCAUCCUUCAGUCCCGCCACAAUAGACCGCCCUCAUAUAUAUGCCUCGCUUCCUCCAUCACCUGUUUCGCGUUCACCACCAACUCCGCCUCUGACCCCCCUCACCGCCGUUUCUGGCAUAUCUUUAUCAGACUCACAGCAACCAGUCCCAUUCUCUAUAUGGGACUACCUACGCGAAGAACUACUUGCUACCGACUUCGACUCACACCAAGAACUCAAGUGGGACCGCGUCAGCAAUUUUCUUCAAAUACCAUUAGCGAUAGAAAAGAUAAUUGGCUUCGGCUUUGUCUUGUGUCUCGACUCAUUCCUCUACACCUUUACGAUUCUCCCCAUCCGCUUCGCCCUUGCGUGGCCGAGACUCUUUCUCAAUACGCUCUCAAGAUCAGCACCCCCACUCCCCCCAUCGCAGAAAGCGGACAUCCUGCGAAUGCUGUUACUCGUGGUUUCCGUCCUCAUAUUGACGCCUCUUACGGACGCGAGCAAAAUUUACCAUUUCAUUCGUGGUCAAGAAACCAUCAAGCUCUAUGUCAUCUUCAACGCUCUUGAAGUUAGUGUAUUGGAGACAGGCUCUGCGCUUCAAUUGGACAAGAUGCGCAUCUUGGACUGCUUGUUUUCACGUUCCACCCUUGAGCCACUAUCUCAUAGGAUUCCUGUGACAUCCCACACCUUUCGUCCCUUACUCUUCUUUGUGUUGGCAACGCUGUACAAUGUUGCACAUUCUCUUGUGAUGGUCUAUCAACUCAUCGCGUUAAACGUCGCUGUGAACUCUUAUGACCAUGCGCUUCUUACCCUCUUGGUGUCGAAUCAGUUCGUCGAGAUCAAAGGCAGCGUUUUCAAAAAGUUUGAGAAGGACAACCUCUUCCAGAUUACUUGCGCAGACAUCGUUGAACGGUUCACUCUCGCUCUAAUGUUGUUUGUUGUGGCUUUCAGGAACCUUAUAGAGCUGAGCGGCUCAGAAUUCAGCUUUACAGAAGGCUUUAUCCUCCCCAAGAGCUUUGGCUGGGUCUGGGGCAACAAUAUUCUGUGGACAAUCUCAUAUCCUGUUUUGACUGUUCUGGUCUCUGAAAUGCUCGUCGACUGGUUGAAGCACGCGUUCAUUACCAAAUUUAAUCAUAUUCGGCCUUCCGUUUACGAGCGGUACACUGAUGUCCUCUGUCGUGACCUGGCCAGCGGCAGUGCUGUAAACCGUCGUGGGGCUCGUAAGCACGCCUAUGUUGAUCAAUCGCCUCUCGUCGCCCGACGCUUGGGCUUUGCAUCGUUGCCUCUCGCAGUGCUCGCCAUCCUCAUUGGGUCGCAGUCCGUAGGCGUGGUACUCACCCUUCGCUCAGCCAGCUGGAUGUCGUUGUCGAGCGCCGAGAUUUUGCACUAUCUCAAGUGGGCAACGAUGACAGCCUUGUUCUGGCUUUGUUUUGUGGUGGUCAAAGUCAUCCUUGGCGUUAACCUUUUAAGUUAUGCAGCACGGCGCAAGGCAGGCAUGGAUGCUCGUGAAGUGGAGGACAAAGUGAAUGACUUUGGUCGCGACCCGAUCGGGGAAGGCCGAGAAGAACAACGAUAUAACCGUGAACUUAAGACACUUCUCGACAAUAAGCGGGACGACGCGCCAAGGUUACCUGACAUGGGGGAACGGCGACCAGAAGGAGGAGGAGGUAAGAAGGAGAGAGUCAAAUUAGAAGAUCUCACGAGAUUUACAAUGGUGAAAAGAAUAUGGUAG